AUGUCUUCGCGGCGCGAACGCAGCACCGAGGCCCUCAAGGACAUAGCCGCGGGUUCUGUGCGAGGCUUCGCGCAGGUGGUUGUCGGCCACCCCCUCGACACCAUCAAAGUGCGAUUGCAGACGCAGGGCGGCGAGCGGUCGUUCAACGGCCUCCUGGACUGCUUCUGGAAGACGCUCGCCAAGGAGGGGGUAUUGCUGCUGCCCGCCUUGGUGCGAGGGCUGUACAAGGGAGCUGCAUCGCCCAUCACCGGCUGCGCCUUCUAUUCGGCCACUCUGUUCCUCUCCUAUGGGCAGGCCAAGGCAUUGUUCGACGUGGAGAACAAGCCCACCGUCGUCCGGCUGAUGAUGGCGGGCUUCCUUACUGGGAGCCUGUGCUCGUUCGUGGAGGGUCCCGUGGAUCUCAUCAAGUGCCGGCUGCAGGCCCAACACCCGCACCACCUCGCCACCACGCCCGCCUGCGACCUUCCAUCGCGGGGAGUGGUCUACCAGUCGUCGUGGGAUUGCGCCAAGAAGAUCGUAGAAAGCGAGAGCCGAGACUUGUCUGCCGGCAGCGUGAUCGCCGCUGGCGGCAUGGCCGGCGUCGUCUUCUGGCUCUCCUGCUACCCCAUGGACCUCAUCAAGUCGCGCAUUCAAACGGAUCAUCCGGAUCCGUCGCAGCGGCGAUACCGCGGCGUGCUGGAUUGCGUGCGGCAGAUCCACGCCACCGAGGGCUACCGCGGCUUCUGGCGAGGCUUCUCCGCCUGUCUUGUGCGCGCGUUCCCCGUCAAUGCGGCCACCUUCCUGGCCUUUGAAACCUUUCGAAGCCUCAUCAGCAUCUGA